AUGAUGUCAAACUUACUGCAGAGCGUGCUGAGCUCGCGUCUGGCGAAUGCAACGCUGGGCACAUCCGACACCAGCCCCAUCGAGUCCAAAGAGGGACUCACCGAGUGGGAGCAGGUCGACACGGACGACGAGCUCGUCAAUGUCCAGUCCAAUCCGGGCACCGCCGCCGCGACGCCGCUUGAGCGUAGCCGUCCCGCGUCACCUACUCGUGCCAACUCGUCCUCGCGUCUUGCGGUUGUCGAGACGGAUACAACCGACUUUGAGAGCGAUGCCGACCCAGACACCACGGCGCAUGUGCCUGGCUCCUCUUCGGCUGCCUCGGGUGCAAGCCGCAGCAAGCUUCGCACGAGCUCCAAACGCAGCACGUCGUCGCGAUCCAAGACGGAUCCUCUGCGCUCACUCAACAGCGAGAUUGCACAGCACAUUUUCCUGCAGCUUCCGGUCGACUCGCUCAUCGCGUGCUCGGGUGUGAGCAAGCGCUGGCGUCGCUCGGCCACGCUCAACUUUUGCUGGUACCGUCACUACCAGCAGGCGUUCUCGGCGACGUCGCUCGAGUCCAACAUGCCUCCGAUCCCGGCGUGGGGCAGUGGAGGAGCCAAGUGGACGCGGCGCGAGAGCAAGACGGACUGGAAGACGCAGUAUGCCAAGCAGAAGCGCAUCGAGGCGCGCGAUGCGGCGCGCGCCGAGUCGCUGCCUGGCUCGGGCAGCGUGACGCCGUCGAGGACGCAGCGCAUGCAGGAUGCAGGCAUCAUGACCACGCACGAAGCCAGGAUGCAGCAGUGGCAGGCCGAGCAGGACGCAGGCUACUCCAAACAGGAGAUGCGCGACUACUACAAGGCCGGCCCCAAGGGCGGCAAGUUCAAGGGCAAGCGCGAAAAGGGCGGCGUCAAAACAGGCGCCGCUGGAGACGGAGGGCUUUGGCAAUAG